AUGACAAAACCGAGGGUUUUUGUCGAAAAGAAGAAGAAAGACCGCCAGAACCCAAAAACUCUAGAAAAGAAGGUUGAUCUACCGCCUCGGCCAAACCAGCAUCAACAAUAUGUGGGAUGGACACCUCUAAAUACGACUGUUUAUAAGGUGUUCAUGGAAGUUAAAAAAGAUCCGAGCUUCAGAUGGCCAGGAAGGAUGAAAUGUCCUCCCCAAAACCGCAGCACUCAGAAGUUUUGCGAAUAUCAUAACGAUCAUGGGCAUCAAAUCGAGGAUUGUAUCAGUCUUCGGUUUGACAUUGAAAAUUUUUUGAGAAAUGGAAAGUUGCUGAAUUUCUUAGCUGAGGAAAACGGUAAAGGGAAGAACCCUCAAGACGGUCAGGGUCAAUGGUCGGGUCAGAAUAAUGAUCGAUCACGCAACCAGAGACAAAGGUGUGAUGAGCCGAGGGUCUCACAGGACAAACAGCAGAGUCCCCGGAACCAAGCCAAUAUUGGCGAGAUUCGAACCAUCUCGGGAGGUCUUGCUAGUGGAGGAGAAUCAAGUUCGGCGAGGAAGGCUUACGUCAAGCAAGCAAGAAUGGAAGAAAUCUUCGUGCUUGAAAAACCCUCCAAAAUCCAGAAGCAGGAACCAAGUAUUCUAACAUUUUCUGAGGAAGAUGCGAAAGAAGUCUCAAUGCCACAUGAUGAUGCACUGCAAUUGGGCAUUAGCCAAGAGAAGUUGAAACCUUUCCUAUCACCAUCGAUAGGGUUUGCGGGUGAGCGUGUCCAACCCAUCGGGUUGAUUACUCUUCCGGUCACAGCAGGGAUAGCUCCCAGGCAAUCCACUAUCAUGGUGGAUUUUUUGGUUAUCGACCGACCAUCAGCUUACAAUAUAAUCAUCGGUUGUCCAGCUUUGAAUCAACUGAGGACAGUGACUUCUACUUACCACUUGAAGGUGAAGUUCCCAACAACUGAAGGGGUUGGCGAAGUUAAAGGGGACCAAAUUGUUGCCAGAAGGUGCUAUAAUACAUCUUUGAAGAAAUGCCCAAAGUCAGCACUUCUGACGAUCGGUAGUUUGGGUGAUGAGCGGAAGAUGCAGUUGAGAAAGGAACUAGCCGAGCCAUUGAUCGACAUACCUAUAGCUGAAGGAAAGCAAAACCUCGAAGUCUUUGCAUGGUCUCCAGAAGACCUGCCGGGGAUUGAUCCCAAGGAUAUUGUUCAUCACCUGAACAUUAAUCCAGAAGUUAAACUAGUAAAGCAGAAGCGAAGGAAAUUUGCUCCUGACAGAAACAUGGCAAUUGCCGAGGAGGUUGACAAUCUUCUGAAAGCUCAGUUUAUCGAAGAAGCGUAUUACCCUGAUUGGUUGUCCAAUGUAGUGAUGGUUAAGAAGUCUUCUGGGAAGUGGAGGAUGUGCGUAGAUUUUACCGAUCUUAACAAGGCUUGCCUAAAGGAUAGUUUCCCACUACCCCAUAUCAGCUCUUUGGUUGAUGCCACAGCAGGGUAUGAGUUGCUGAGCUUCAUGGAUGCCUUCUUGGGCUAUAAUCAGAUUUUCAUGCAUCCAUCUGAUCAAGAAAAGACAGCCUUCAUCACUGACCGAGGCUUGUACUGCUACAAGGUCAUGCCAUUCGGUUUGAAAAAUGCUGGUGCAACUUACCAAAGGUUGGUAAACAAGAUGUUUCAAGAGCAAAUCGGGAAGAAGAUGGAGGUUUUUGUUGAUGACAUGCUAGUCAAGAGCAAGCUGCGGGUAGAUCACGUGACAGAUUUACAGGAGGCAUUUAGGAUAUUGAAGCAUUUCAAAAUGAAGCUUAAUCCUGCAAAAUGCGCAUUUGGAGUUUCAUCUGGGAAGUUCCUCGGUUAUAUGGUGUCUAGCCGAGGAAUUGAGGCCAAUCCAGAGAAAAUCCAGGCGGUGUUGGAUAUGCAAUCUCCAAAAAAUAUAAAGCAAGUUCAACAGUUGACGGGAAGAAUUGCAGCUUUAAACAGGUUCAUUUCUCGGUCAGCAGAUAAGUGCCUUCCAUUCUUUAAAAUUUUACGUAAGGCUUUCGAAUGGUCUGAAGAAUACGAACAGGCAUUCGAGCAACUUAAGAAGUACUUGGUCAGUCCACCUCUUCUCAGCCGUGUUAUUCUUGGAGAAGUAUUAUAUUUAUACUUAGCUGUAUCACCAACCGCGGUCAGUGCAGCUUUGAUCUGCGAAGAAGAGGGUGUUCAGAAGCUGGUCUACUUUAUUAGCCGAGCGUUGCAUGGGGCUGAGGAGAGAUACGUACAGAUGGAGAAACUUGCUUUCGCCUUGGUAAUUGCUUCUAGGAAGCUCCGACCAUACUUCCAAGCUCAUACAAUCAAUGUUUUGACCGAGUAUCCAUUGAAGAAAGUACUUCGGAAGUUGGACUUGUCUGGUCGGUUAGUCAACUGGGCAAUUGAGAUUAGUGAAUUCGACAUUCAUUUUGUCUCACGUAAUGCUGUUAAAGGUCAAGCUCUAGCAAACUUUGUGGUAGAAUUCACCAACAUUCAAGACCAGGAGGAUUGGCCGAAAGAGAGGACAUGGGUAAUUCAUGUGGAUGGUUCAUCUACCAAGAGAAACCGCAGAGCUGGGGUUGUGAUGAUCACACCGGAUGGAAGAGAGUUGAAGAGUUCAUUAAGAUUAGAAUUUAAAACUACUAACAAUGAAGCCGAGUAUGAAGCUGUAAUAGCGGGACUCGAUUUAGCUCAAGAGCUAGAGGCAGAAUUUGUAGAGGUGCGGAGUGAUUCUCAAGUUAUUGUCAGCCACAUUCGUGGUGAGUUUGAGGCUAAGGGCAGCAAGAUGAAGCUCUACUUAUCCAAAAUUCAAGGUAUGCAAAAAUCUUUCAAAAAGUUUUGUAUUGUUAAAAUCCCAAGAGAAGAGAAUGAGAAGGAAGACCAUCUAGCCUGUUUAGGCUCUUCAACCGAGUGUGAGGUGGGGGAGUCCGGCCAACUAGUACAAAUUUAG